AUGGCACGUCUUACCCUCUUCUUCGUGCUAGCGGCACUCCUCGCCUAUUGUGCCGGAUUGGCUGCCGCCGCCUCCUACUCCAACCCCGUGUUGGUCCCGAACUCGCCGGACCCGGGCGUGGUCCACUACAACGGCCGCUACUACGCCGUCACCACCACGAACGGAGCGGGCGAGCUCUUCCCCAUCCAUGUGUCGAGCGACCUCGUCAACUGGAAGCACAUCGGCUACGUCUUCCCCGCCAAAUCCCACACCAAGCCCCAUUGGGCGGUGAGCGACUUCUGGGCGCCCGAGCUCCACAUCGUCAAAGGCGUCAUCCGCGUGUACUUCGUCGCCCGGGACACCACCGGCCUCCUCUGCGUCGGCGUCGCCACCUCCACCUCCUCCUCCCCUCUCGGUCCCUACAAGGAUCUGGGCCACCCGCUGGUGCGCAACGAGACGAUCGGCUCGAUCGACCCUACGCUCUACCAGCACGAGGUGCAGUCUGUCGACGCUGACGGCCGCGUCACGAGCCGCACCGAGCUGCUGCUCUACUGGAAGUCGGACGGCAACGCCAUCGGCAAGCCCACCAUCAUCUGGGUCCAGCCCCUGACCGACGAUGGCCUCGCGCUCGCCCCGCACACCCAGCAGAAGGAGCUCCUCCGCAACGACCUCCACUGGGAGGGCAUCUGCAUGCAUCGAGCCGGGUGGUACUACCUGUUCUACAGCGGCAACAUGUACGACUCCCACGGACCGGACGGGACGUGCCUCUACUCGGUGGGCGUCGCCCGCAGCGCCUCGCCCACCGGCCCGUUCGUCAAGCGCGGCGACCCCAUCCUCCACGCCUCCCUCCCCAACCGCUUCACCGGCCCCGGCCACUGCUCCGUCGUCCCCUUCCGCACUGCGUCGGGAGAGGAGAGCUGGUACAUGGUGUACCACGCGUGGAGCGUGGGUGCGAUCGCGGGCGGGAACCCGCGCCACAUGCUCACGGACAAGGUCGAAUGGGCGCACGGCUGGCCCUCGGUCUACAAGGGCUACCCCUCCUACACCGAACAACCCACGCCCUAA